ACUCUUCGCUGUAAUUGAGUCGCUUUAUCAUCCUAUUUACGAGUGCUUUUUCUCCUUGGCCUUCUCCAGAACAUCGCCACCAUGAAUCCUGCCUUAGAGAAGUUGCUCUUAACGCUCGUCGACGGGCGCGCCGAAGUCAUUCGCUUCCGCCAGGACAACCUUAUCAGCCUACACAAUGAACUGCGCAAAGAGUCCGCGGCCCUGACUGCCGCCCAGGAGAAGGACACAGGCGCAUCAAAGACAGAGAUCGAGGCCGAGCACUUCCUCGCGCUGGAAACCGUUCGGCACUUUUACGAGUCUCUCAACUUCUCGAAAGAACUCGAGGCUGAAUAUCUAGUUGCCCACGGCAAGGACAACACAAGCAGAAGAACCGGUGCUGGGCUGGUGAUCAUUCGGCCGACCACUUACACCAGGCUCUUCUCGAUUCUGAGUCCACUUGCUGCAGCGUUGGCCGCUGGCUCAGUUGUUGUUCUUGAGCUCGAAGACACUUUGUCGCAGCUAGAUUCCGUCCUCCGCGGCGUCCUCGCACGCGCCCUCAAUCAGAAUGCCUUCUGCAUCACCAAGAAGAUCACAGACGAAACAUUGCUGUCACAAGCAAUCCUAGUAGACCAAACCAACACAGCGCCCCCGAAAGCUGGCCGCGCAAACCAUCUCGUUUCCGCAAAUGGCGCCCGCGCCGUCGCCAUCGUCGACCGAACAGCUGACAUAGAGGCUGCUGCCAAGGCCAUCACGGCGGCGCGCUUCAGCUUCGGCGGCCAGUCGCCCUACGCGCCAGACUUGGUGCUCGUCAAUGAGUUUGUCAAGAAGGAGUUCUUUGAGGCGUGCUCAAAGUACGCCUCACUCGCCUUUGCUCGCGAGACUACAGUGAAGCGUGCAAGUGACAGCGUCAGCGACGAAACGAGGAAGGCAGUGCAGGAGGCUGAGGACAAGAGACUCGCCUCAAGCUUUGGGUCCAAGGACUUUAAGCUGGUUGACAUACAAGAUAAGAAUGCUUCUCUCUUGAAGAUCAAGAUCAGUGGGCGCUUCCUGCCUAUCACAACCUCUUCUGGUCUUGUAGACUCUAUCUACACCCACGAAUUUGAGAACCCUCUUUUAGCCGCCUACCUCUUUGCCAGCUCUGAUUCAGCAAAGUACCUCUCCCAAUUCCUCCCUGCCCACGUCUCCGUCAUCAACCAGAUCCCCUCAAACCUCCUCCUCGGCCCGGCAGCACCGCUUUCUCACGAAGCAGCCUUCAACUUCCGCUAUAGCAGGGAAAUGUUCUCCGUAGCACGGCCGCAGUUCGUUGAGAAGCCCACCGGCGCGCUCGCAAAACUCGAGCAGCUCCUCACCAGCACCGGUGCCAUCUCCGCCCAGAAUCUGCAUGCCUUGGCCAUCGCACCUCUGCGCCCGACAAACCAGCCGGGCAACAGUAGACUGGGGUUCUUCGAGCAAGGUUUCGUUCUGGGUGCCGGUCUGAUCAUGAGCGUUGUGCUUCCGAGUCUCGCAUACGGCACAUGGAUUGGCGGACGGCGGGUGUUUGAUUAUGCGUUGAAGUUCAGGAAGUAAAUUAUAGUCAUAUGUUG